AUGCUAGCAGAGAAGUAUUUGGGAGAGGGGCAGCACCCUUUGGACCAAGCCAACGACACCAGCUUGACAGCAGGGUUUGUCCUCUUGGGCUUCCCGUCCCUCUCGCCUGCCUCCCGCCUGCUCCUUUGCUCUUUGCUGUCCAUUUGCUAUGCCUUCACCUUGGUGGGGAACCUGUGCAUUGUGUGGGCCGUCCUCCGGGACUCUCGCCUCACCCACUUGCCCAUGUACAUCCUCCUGGGGAACUUCUCCAGCUUGGAGAUGUGCUACGUAUCCACCACGGCGCCUCGGAUGCUGUGGGAUCUGUCCUCGCCACUGCCAGGCAUCAUCUCCUUCAACGGAUGCUUCCUCCAGUUCUACUUUUUCUUCUCUAUGGGAACCACCGAGAGCUUCCUCCUCGCAGCCAUGGCACUGGAUCGCUACCUGGCCAUCUGCCACCCGCUGCGUUACCCGAUGCUCAUGUCCCCCCGGUUUUGCUGCUCCCUAUCAGCUUUCUGCUGGGUAUCCGGUUUCCUGUGGUUCCUGGUACCCAUCGUGCUGAUUUCCAAGCUCCAUUUCUGUGGCCCAAACACCCUCGAUCAUUUCAUCUGCGACCCAGGCCCACUGCUGGCUUCCUCCUGUGUGCCAGCCCCCACCACAGAGAUGGCUUUCUACAGCCUCAGCUCGAUUGCCAUCUUUGGACCCUUCCUCUUCAUCGUGUGCUCCUACGCGGCGGUCCUCAAGGCGGUCAUGCAGCUGCCUUCAGCCGCCUCGAGGCAGAAGGCCUUCUCUACUUGCACCUCCCACUUGGCAGUGGUGGGCCUUUUCUACGGCUCCAUCAUGGUCACCUACGUGGCUCCCGAAGCUUCAGGGGGCAGCAACAAGGUGGUGACCCUCUUCUAUUCUGUGCUGACCCCUUUGCUCAACCCAGUUAUCUACAGCCUGAGGAACAAGGAGAUGAAAGACGCCUUAAGGAGAACACUGUUCCAGGGAAAUUAG